UGCCGGGAACAGCAGCGAUGUGCCCCCACAUCAAGUUCAGCAGACUUUAGGACGACUACAUAGCAGUAAUGUGGAGGCGUGGACAGAGUCGGUCGCCGUAGUCUACUGUGUGAGGGAGACGGGAGAUCAUCGAAAUGAAUCUCCUAAAUAUGGAUGCGGAGAACCGCGUAGUUCUCAACGUCGGCGGGAUUCGGCACGAGACGUACAAGGCGACAUUGAAGAAGAUCCCCGCCACCCGUCUAUCGCGGCUGACGGAGGCGCUCGCCAACUACGACCCCGUGCUGAACGAGUAUUUCUUCGACCGGCAUCCAGGCGUAUUCGCGCAGGUCCUCAACUACUACAGGACGGGGAAGCUGCACUAUCCCACGGAUGUCUGCGGGCCGCUGUUUGAAGAGGAGUUGGAGUUCUGGGGGCUGGACGCCAACCAGGUAGAGCCGUGCUGCUGGAUGACCUAUACACAGCAUCGUGACACCCAAGAAACGCUGGCAGUCCUGGACCGCUUGGACCUGGACACAGAAAAACCCUCUGAUGAGGAGGUGGCUCGCAAGUUCGGCUUCGAAGAGGAUUACUACAAGGGCACCGUAUCCUGGUGGCAACAGUUGAAGCCGCAGAUGUGGUCGCUCUUCGACGAGCCCUAUAGCUCCAAUGCCGCUAAGGUAGUCGGCGUGAUAUCAGUGUUUUUCAUAUGCGUAUCCAUCAUAUCGUUCUGUUUAAAAACACACCCAGACAUGAGAGUGCCAGUGAUAAAAAACUACACAGUGACGACCGCGAACCAAACGCAAAGCUGGGCGCUGGACAAAGUGCAAACAAAUGCCCACAUUGCGUUUUUCUAUGUUGAGUGUGUGUGCAACGCGUGGUUUACCUUAGAAAUCCUAGUGCGUUUCAUAUCGUCCCCAAAUAAGUGCGAAUUCAUCAAGUCCUCCGUCAACGUCAUCGAUUACAUCGCCACCAUGAGUUUCUACAUCGAUCUUAUUCUACAGAAAUACGCUUCACAUGUAGAAAAUGCUGACAUCUUAGAAUUCUUCUCCAUAAUAAGAAUCAUGAGGCUUUUCAAACUGACGCGUCACUCGUCUGGCUUGAAGAUUCUGAUUCAAACCUUCAGAGCAUCAGCGAAGGAGCUGACUCUGCUAGUGUUUUUCCUAGUGCUCGGUAUAGUAAUAUUCGCGAGUUUGGUGUACUACGCUGAGAGGAUACAGACGAACCCGCACAACGACUUCAACAGCAUACCGUUGGGGCUGUGGUGGGCACUGGUUACCAUGACGACGGUCGGGUACGGAGACAUGGCACCGAAGACCUACGUGGGGAUGUUCGUUGGAGCACUAUGUGCGUUGGCUGGUGUGCUGACGAUAGCUUUACCCGUGCCCGUCAUCGUGUCCAACUUUGCCAUGUACUACUCCCACACGCAGGCGCGGGCAAAGUUGCCCAAGAAACGGCGGCGGGUCAUCAACGUUGAGCCGACUAGGCCUCCGAUGCGUGCACCAGGCGUUCCAGGUGGUCCUGGCGGUGCGCUACCUCCAGGAAUGGGACCUCAAGCGGUGAACCGCCGCAUGAACGCCAUCAAAACCAACCACCCUAAAGACAUCAUGGGACCUAAUAUGGUCGCAAGCCUGAUGCCCGGUCUGGACAUGUCAGUGACCACACGCUUGUCCCCCAGCCCCCGGGACAUGAGUCCAGCUCUGGCCAUAGCUCUCCCCAUGAUGAAAUCAGUCAACAUUGUCCCGGCUCAGUGCUUCGACAACAUAGCUUUUCACAGCGAGAGGGUCGAAGACAAAGACAGUGACAAGGAAGAUACUCUCAGCAAGCGUUCUAGUCAACAAUCUCUCGAAAGCGAUAACACACUUAGAGUAAACAAUUACAAGAAUGGAUACAUGAAUAAGAGUGUCGAAGAGAAAACUGAUUGUAGAACGCCUUUGCUUCGAGAUCAUAAAAUAGAAUCGCUGGAUGAGAAUAAACUUCGGGAGAAUAAAGCUGAAAAGAGAAAGUCAUCCGCUUCAACAUAACAGUAAAUGAUGUAAAUAAUAUUACAACCACUAUUCUAAACUUUAUUGGAUAAGGCCGUGGAGUAAUGACAUGUCUUAUAUUAUUGCAAAUUGUAGCAUGUGAAAUAAAAACUGUUUCAAGUGUCAAACAAUUUACAAUGAGCCAAUGUUCCUCCAUCGCCUUAAUCUAUUGAGACCAAUAGAACUAAGAAUGCUUUAACUAACGCAAGUAAGGUAGUGUCCAUUCAUACAGUGCAGAGCAAAACAACGUAUGGUAAACCAAACAGAGUAUUCAAACAUAUGUAUUGACUAGUAAAUUAACCUUAUCUUUAACUGUACAAGUUUCGCGUAGUUUGGGAAACGACAUGCCUUCGUAUCCAGUGUUAAGAGUAGACUGUGAGAUUAACUAUAAGUAACAUAUAUCACCGAUUCUGAUGGAGUUAUAAAAUAUUUAGCAAAAAAGCCAAGGCAAAAACUGUUCAGGCACGGAGUUAAGUAAUAAAAAUAAGAAAUGUAUUCUCGCUUAAUACCUCAUGGCAAUUUUUUACGAAGCGGUAUAUUGAGGAUAGUGUCAUUUAUGUCGUUUGUUAAACGUUGUAUGUUCAGUAAUGUCAUUGUCGGAGAAUCAUCUCUCGGAAAAGAAAGAAAUAUUAGACUUUCAAAACAUUAGUGGCCUGAGAUUCUACUGCUAAGGGGUACAGCCAAAAUCGAAAAUCAAAAUUUCUCUUUCCGUCUCUGUUGCUCGAAUAUGGAAGAUUGAGGUAGAUCAAGAAAUUUCGAUUUUCGCAGUAGGUCCUCAACUUUUAUUGUCUUUGAUAUGGUCGGUGAUGUAUGUAAACUUGUAGGUAUUAUCGUGGAUAAUGUUAAUGUUCAAGCAUUCAAGGCCGUGAUAGCUGUAAGAUAGUUAAGAAGUGCUUGGAGCACUUGCGAUUUACACAUACGUACGAAUAUUAGUAAAUAGUUGCCUAUCACAAACUAGAGUAAAUGUUACGUACCUUUAUAUACCUAAAAUGUACAAAUCGAUCUUUUUAGCUGAAUUUUAUCAACUGUUUCUCUAAUAGCCUUAUCGAAAUUGACGAUGAAACGUUGAGACUAAACCUAAAAGAUUAAUUUGUUACUUAAAAGUAUAAUCUUCAAUAUUACCAUCAGUCACCUUUCCAAUUUAACCAGUCGAUUUUCCAAAUUGAUUAUAAACAAUAUUUUUUACAUAAGACACACAAACGAAUUAAAAAUAUGUCUUGGAAUCAAAGCAAAUCUUAAAAUCAACGUCUAAAUAACAAUCCUUAUUAAGUUUAAUAAGGGAUUGAGUCAAUUUGUGUGAGAAUGUCGUUGACAUUUAUUCAUUUUAUUAUAGUGCCUAUUCUUAUAACUCCGUUGAAUGAAUUAAAGCGCUCUUAGUUCAUUUUCAUUCGCCUCGCAUCAACUUUUGUUUGACAUAAAUCCGAAGGCGGCCUCUUUGUGCAAAAUUCCAAUUUAACAUUUGGUCAAAUUCUACGCCCGAAUUUUAUUCGAAUUUUAUUUGUUCGAGGCGUAAUAUUUGCCUGCAAACAUUAUAUUGGUGUUUGCUAAAAUACAGCAGGGUUUUCGCCGCAAAGGUUUUCUGGAUUUAUUAUUUCGACCCGCGACGGGUUGUUACAAAAAAUCUGCGUCAUGCGUGGUUUUUAAUCCAAUAUAAAAUUUUAGAUUAUUUUAUUACAAGUUGACAAUAUUAAGUCAAAAGGAUCGAUAGUAUCUGGUUAUUAUAAUCGACCAGGAUUCGGUAACUAUUAACCAUUACCAUAUUUUAAUAGUUGAAUUAAAGCAUUUAUUCGAAUGUUAACUUCAAUACGUUUCCAGUCCAUUAGCAGAACUAUCGGGAAGUUUUUUUUUAGCGAAAAGAUUUUCCUUGCAUUUUUAUAGAGGUCAAUUCUAAUUUAACGAUUUGUUGUGGUUUUGAACUGGUGUCAAUAUAACCUUGACGAUCGUCUUGGUGAUUAGCCAGAACGACUUUCAUUUCAUUUCACAUGAAUGAUGAAUGAUGAAUGAAUGAUCUUAAAGGUCGUAUCAAAAUAAGAUCAAAACCAACAAGUUGCUAAAUCUGAAUUGGGCUCAGAGAACAAAUAUGUAGAAGCAGUAUUGAGUUGUUGAUUGAGUUUAGUUAUGAGUUUAGGUAUGGCUUCUAUACCAAACAAUGAAAUUGUCGCAAUCGCAAUCAGUACGCGACCAAAACGUCGUAAGCGCCGUAAAAUUCAUGGUGCUUACCCGUUUAGGUCGCGAGAUUCACGCUCCACUUCUACGGUGUGUUGUCAAAACAACACAUGGCGCAAAAUACUGGUUCUCUGUGCCGAUUCUAUACGUAGUAAUAAUAUUAUAGUUCAAUGGAAGCAGCCGAUGUAAUUUAUGCUCUAGUCUAGCGGAAAGCUUACCAAAGUUCUAGAUAUCAACAAACAUGAAACUACAAUGUUCGUUUACAACAGACUAAUCUAGUAGUUUUGAAUGAUUCACGGUUAGUUUCACUAGACUUAUAUUGACCGGGACCCGAUAUGUCGACGCAGGUACUUGUUCACGGGUAACUGAAGAUAGCGGGGUAUACAAAAGGUAAUCACGGUACAUGCCCCGGUCAAUAUAAGUCUAGUGAGACUAAUCUAGCUUCCCGAACAGUUCGAUUAAGUAUACAAUCGAUAUUGUACAUAUAGCAAUUAUAGUAUUAACAUUUUUGUAUUUCAACAGUUACGAUAUGAAUAAAUCACUAGAUACACAUAUCAUUGGCACUCUUUCAUUCUUGGUGUUAAUUUACAUGUAAAUAAAUAUACUUAUCAUAGUUUAUAGUUAAGAUAGAUAGAUGUGAACCAAGUGGUUUUGCUUUUAAAUGCAAUUUUUUGUUACUUAUAUACUUAAGGGUAAAAUAUUUAUUUGUCGCAAUUUUGGACGAUGAAUUGAAAGUACGCGUCUAAACUCAGGGACCCUCGAUGUUUUAUAUAAAAUUGUUAUCGAUAAAGGAAACAUUUAAAUUAGACUGCUUGUAAUUUAAAUUUGUUUCAAUCAUAUCGAUAAAACAUAAUUGUUUAAAAUUUUAUUGUACCUACGCAUAAAAUGCAAUAAAUUUAAAAUAAAAUGUAGAUAGCACGAUACUGUUUAUAAAAAUAUUUGUAUAUACUUUUAGGCUUAUAUGAUUUACAUAAUUCAUACCCAAAUAAUUUUAACUGUACCAAUUAGUGUCAUAAAUAAUAUAUAUAUAUAUAUGUCAUAUAUAAUAUAAAGUAAUGUUAAGUCUCGUAGUGAUUUUAAUUUGAUUAAAAUGUUUUACGAAAUUUAUAGUUUGCCAAGAAACUGAUUAGUAGCGAAAAUGGAGCUAGAGGACCACAAUAAGUGCUCGUUUCAUAUUGAUUUAUAUAUUUAAUAACGGCAAAAUGUUAAGGGUGACUAACAUUACAAAUUACAACGGUCUGGAUCCGGGCUGAAGCGUCCAACUCAUUUUUAAGGUUCCGUACCCAAAGGGACCCUAUUAUUAAGAAUCCGCUGUAUGUCUGUCUGUCACCAGGCUGUAUCUCAUGAACCGUGAUAGCUAGACAGUUGAAAUUUUCACAGAUGAUGUAUUUCUUUUGCCGCUUUAACAACAAAUACUAAAAACGUAAUAAAAUUUAAGUGGGGCUCCCAUACAACAAACGUGACGUUUUUGCCUUUUUUGCGUAAUGGUACGGAACCCUUAGUGCGCGAGUCCGACUCGCACUUGGCCGGUUUCUAUAGAUAGCCACUUCACACUGGACACGUGAUGCUUUCUAUAGAAAACAAAGCGUCGGACGACUCGGCCCGGAUCCGGACCGUUCUAGAGUGAGUCAUCCUCAAAGUCCUGUAACCUGUAACCUUUUAUUGACAUUUUCAUGGCACAUAUCAGAAUCUGAGCGACAGAUUACAUUAUCAUUGGCAUUCAUUUUGCAAAUUAUUAUUUCUUCGUCAAGAGCUGUCAAGAUGGCUCUUAUUUCCUAUCCCAAAAUGAAUUGUUAUAAAUGAUCUUCCCCUUUUUAAUAUAAUUAACUGAAUUAUCAUGUGAGAUCAAUGUGGGGAAGACCAUCGAUCAGCGGCGGUAGCACGGUCGCAUUUUUAUCGCUUAUCACCAUGCCUGUCACGUUCUAACAAGUAUGUAAGUGCGAAAGUGACGGGCAUAGUGACAGGCGAUAAAAAUGGAACCAUGCUGCGCCCGCUGAUUAGACCAUACAAGCUCUUCGUCGCUUCUAACCCUUGCGUUUAUAAAGGUCUACUAAAGGUCUACUCCCCUUACUGAAGGUCUUUCCAACCAAAAAAUGUAUAUGAUAAUAUUUAUAUAUGUAUAUUCUUGUUUUUUUAUUGCAAAACAUUUUCUUAAAUUAAAAAAUGUUGAAAUCAAUGCACAAAGUUUAUUUCGGUAAAACAUGGCCCAAUAACUAGGUCAGUUACCUACGCACAAAGGGUGUACACCAAAAUACGAUUAUUUCAUGUAUUUUUAUCAAAAUUGUAUGAAUUAUGAGCGGAUUUUUUCCGUUUAUGUAUUUAUAUUAAGUACCUUGUACAACAUUUGAUCGUUAUGCGAUUCAAAAUAUUAAAACAUUUUAAUAACGCAUUUAAAAAAGUGUCCGGGAAUUGUGGACAUUUAAAUAUAAUACAAUAGCUUAAGGAGAGUAGAAACGAAAAGCUGACUUCCAUGAGCAAGAUUUUAUUGACAACUGACUAAAACAAAAUAUAAAAUAAUAUAAUGAAGUGUUAAAUAGACAAAAGGUAUAAAAAAUAUAAACAAUAUAAAACCUAUUUACUAGUCCUCGUCAAAAAGUUAAAAUUAACAAUAAUUCACAGAUUGAUAUGGAAACAAAAUUAUUAAUUUAUAAAUAAAUAAUCGAAAAAAGUAGAUUACCAAUUUUGUUAAUGUUUUCAUCUAAUUUAUACUGGAAAUUGUAACAUUAUUGCUUAAAUAUAGUGUGUUGACAUUAAAUUUACUUAUUCUGGUAACAGUUACGAUUCUUUAUUCUUUAACCAUAAUAAGUAUGUAUUUUAUUUCUUUAACAAACUGUAGUGUGGUCGUUAGGGUUAGUAUGAAACCUCUGGGGCUUGGUCUAUUUGAAUUACGAAAAGUAAAUUGCGAUUAAAUUUCAUUAUUUAACCUUUUUUCCGACGUUUCAACUAAGUUGCACUAGCUGUGGUCACGGAAGUCUGACGUCCCAGCAAAUGUCAAUUGCUGUAUUGGAAGAUAUAGAUUGCUGGGACGUCAGUCUUCCACCACAGCUAGUGCAACCUAGUUGAAACGUCAGAAGAAAGGUAAAAUAAUGAAAUUUAAUCGCGUUAGACCCGGUAAUGACAUUAAUUAUGUGUACAAAACUUUUAUGAUAACUUUUUAAAAAUUUCGAAGACAAAAUAUUCGGCCCCAGAAGUUACAAAUUAUCCCCAAGUGACAAAGUUUAGUCCCGUAAUUCACGAGCAAUGCUAGGAUAAGGCUUCACAGUGAGUAAACAGGGCUUGUAUCUUAUUAUAUAGCAUCUAUAUAUACAUAUACAAUUUUAAAAAUACAAAAACAAAUUAUUUGAAAUAUUGUUCAUUAAACAUGUGACAUUAU